AUGGGUUGUGUUUAUUCAAGGUCUUGUAUUGGUGAAAUAUGUGCACCUAGAGAUAUAUAUGUUGAAAAAACUGAAAAUGUGAAAGCAUCAGCUGAGAUUGCAGUGUUCUCACCUGCUCAUUCUGACAGCGAAGAAGGGGAAAUCAUAGAUGAAUUGAAUCAGUUAGCAAGGGAUAAUGAAGUUGGUAUUACUAGAUUGUCCAGGGUGUCGGCGCAAUUUUUACCCCCUGAUGGCUCGAGAACUAUGGAGGUUCCAGUCGGGAAUUAUGAAUUGCGCUACUCGUUUUUGUCUCGGAGAGGAUAUUACCCUGAUGCUCUUGAUAAGGCUAACCAAGAUAGUUUUUGCAUUCACACAGGGACGGACCCAGCCUCGAAGCUCCGCCCUAGCUGA